AUGCCCUAUGCCGAAGGUGGUGUGGCAUACUUCUGGCAACCAACGCAGCACAACGCGCAGAGUAGGCACACCAGUCAAUACGCUAUCCACACAGAGUCAGUGAAUCUCAUAUUUCCCAAGCAAGGGACCGAGACCACUCUUAGCUUAGCGGUCCUGAGCUUAGCGGUCCUGAGCUUGGCUUGUGCAUACGCCGCUGUAACCCAGACUGAUGUCUGGAUCGCGAUGAGCACAAUUGGUUCGAAUCAAUCCGGCGGUUAUAGUGUUACAAAAGCCAGUGCCUACACCGAUAUUGAACUUAACCUCCGUGUUAAGUUCAGAAAGCUGGUAGUGCGAGGGAAAAACAAUAGUUACGGAGGUUACAAAUUCGCAAUACAAGGACUGGGUAGUUUAGCCCGCUAUACCUUGGGUCUUCUAACCUACUGUCUUCAUAAACCGUAG